AUGGUGAACCCCAAGGGGGAUGGGAAACAGGAUCCCAUCAGGCAGCCGCUGAUGGGCGGCGAUGGCGCCGGGGAAGAUGGGGUUGAGGAAAGGGCGAACGGGGACAAGGGGAGGAUUGACGACGGCCUGGCCGCAAUGGCGGGCAUCUCGGUGCGCCUGGGGAGUGCGGCGCCCAACGUGCGGAGAGCCAGCCGGUUCGUGGAGGACGCUUUCUUCGGCGUGAGCCGGGUACACCCCCUGGAGACGCCCCAGGGCCAGCGCUGGUACCAUGUGGCAUCGAAGGUGCGGGACCCCAUGGUCCUCGUCCUUUGGUGCUACGUCUUGCUCACCUUCUUCGAGCGGCCGCAGUGGUGCAUACACUCCGCCAAGCUGCGCUCACUGGACAUGUGCACGGACGAGCUGUACCCAACGUUCAAUGCCCCCUUCCUGAACCGGUGGGCCGACCUGGCCAUCGAGCUGGUGUUCCUUGCGCUGCUGUGCGGGCAGCUGGUCGUGCAGUACUUGGCCUUCGGCAGAGGCACGUUUGCCGGCCUGCUGAACAAGAUGUUCGUGGGGCUGAUGGUGCUGGCGGUGGCGGACGUCAUCUACGCAUACACCACGCCGUACUCGUGGACCCGCCUGGCGCCCUUCAUCCGGGUGCUGCUCCUCACCGUCCGGCACAAGGAGAUUCACGGCCAGUUCGAGGUGAUGUGGAGGAUUCUUCCUGCCUUUGGCUCCAUCUCUGUCCUCUUUGCGGUGUUCCUACUGCUGUUUGCAUGGUGCGGCUGCAUUCUGUUCACUGGCGACACGGACGAGGGGGAUAUGGACAUAGAGGAGAACCUGUACUUUUCAAGCUUGUUGGAAGGUAUGUGGACUCUGAUCGUCCUGACAACGACAAAUAACAGCCCAAACAUGAUCAUGCCUGCCUACACUGCCAACCGCUUAGCCAUCCUGUACUACAUGCUCUUCCUUCUGUUGGCCUACUUUUUUGGGCUGAACAUGAUCACCGCCAUUAUCUACAAGGAGUACAACAACAGCCGUGAAAAUAAUUCAGCCAAGCGGCUGGCACAGCGGGAAGAGAGCCUAAGACAGGCGUUUGCACUGCUGGACGAGGGCUCGGGCAGCCUUUCAGCAGAGAAGAUGAUGGAGAUGUUCAAGGAGCUCAACAGGGCCACAGAAAUUGACUACAUUGCUGAGGACCGUGCAAGACUUCUCUUUGCGGCUGUAGAUGCGGAUGGAAACAAGGCUGUGACUGAGGAGGAAUUCAUGUCCGUCUGUGAUGUCCUGCAGGUACGGUUUGUUGAGAUGAAGAUGGCAGUACCACUGGAGGUUCGCUUCCCGGUCAUGUUUAAGAAACGAUGGUUCCGGAGUUUCUGCAGCUUUAUAAAUGGCAAACUUUUUGAGUACAUCAUCGAUGGGCUGCUCCUCAUGAAUGCUGUCCUGUUUGCCAUGGAGAGUGCACAGACUGUGGGGUGGAACACUGAGAACAUGACGUACCUCUCGGUAAUGUCUGACAUCAUGGAGACCUGCUUCUCCUUGUUGUUCGUGCUUGAGGUGGUGGCAAAGGUGUAUGUGAACGGCUGGGCCACUUACUGGAGGAAAUUCAGCAACAAAUUCGACUUCGUCGUCACUGUGGCCACCGUGGUGGCAAGCCUUUAUGUGUACCUCCCUGGUGCCUACAGCAAUGCAAAGCUCAUCCGCUGGCUCCAAGCGUGUAGGAUCCUCCGGGUGGUGAGGUUCCUGGUGAGGUGGAGGAGCUUCAGGGUGAUAGGCACCACGUUUGUGAAGAUGCUGGGCCCCGCAACCAGACUGCUGAAAGUUUUGUUUGUCAUCAUAUUCCUGUUCUCAGCACUUGGGGUGGAGAUCUUCGGUGGCAAGAUCAACAGGGACCCCAACAGUCCGUACAGGGCAGAACUGGAGAACAAGGCUCAUGGCUUUGCCCACCCAGCCAAGGAGUACGAUUUUGUGGCUGUCAACUUCAACGACAUGCUGUCGGGAAUGGUGACCCUGUUCAUGUUCCUUGUGGUCAACAACUGGGACACCUUGGUCAGCGGUUUUGUGGCCGUCACCAGCCCCUGGUUCCGCAUCUUCUUCGUGGCAUUCCACUUCCUUGGCGUGCUGCUCUGCCUAAACGUGGCCACCUCCUUCAUCAUCGACAUUGCAAUCGAGUUUUACAGUGUAGAUGACAAGCGAAAGGUGAUCUUUGAUGGUGGAGAGGCGAUUGUGGGAAACGAAAUCAUUAUCGAAGCUGACUCCAUCACGGGCACAGAGACGGGGCUCAAGGGCAGAUACCGGGUGAUAAUGCCCGACUCGCAGAUCGCUCAAGAUGCGAAUGAAUUGAUGAACAGGAUUUUCCACCCCAGCAAGAACAAGUCUGAGGCUUCCUCCAGUGCCCGGGAGCAAGCGCAACCCACCCUUCAGCAGGUCCAGUCGACUCUCCAGAGGAUAGGGAGUACUGCAAACCGGCUGAAAUUGCCCUCGGUGUACGAGCAAGACGACCGACCAUAG